CCCUCUCUCCCCCUCUCUAUUCUCUACUCUCCGCCCAUCUGAUUUUCCUCCCAUAAACUAGGUGACAUAGCGUAGAGAGCUGCCAGAGAACCUUCUCGCCUGUUGGACUCACAGCCUUUCUCCCAGCCUCCUCACCAGACUGCCUGUGACCCCCAGAGCAGAAUCUACCCAUCCAUCUAUCCAUUAAUCCAUCCACCCCUCUGGAGCAGCUCAGCUCCACCAGGCCCCUGGGCACCGGGACCACUCCUGUCACCUCCACCACCUCCCUCCCUCCAUCACCCACCCCACCACUACACUAUCAUCUACAUCACCUCUCUGUACACCUGUCCUGCACUAACCUGCGGCCACCACUAGAGUGCACUCUCGCCCCUUCACUCCCUCUCACUGCCCAGCACCGAGCCCCAGCAUGGAGAAGGUGCAGCACACGAUGCGCUCGGCCAUCCGCAGGGCCUCCAUGGUGGUGGACGUGCCCCCCCAAGCCAAGCAGAACUUGCAGGAGCUCUUUGUCAACUUCAGCCUCAUCCUCAUCUGCCUGCUGCUCAUCUACAUCAUCGUGUUGUUGAUACCUAUGUAGCUGAACCAACAACCACCAGAGCACAGCGAGGGCUAAGCAGGGGGGUGUAACGAUCCAUCAAACCAUCUCCAUCACUGGUCUUCCUGAGGACACCUCCAGAAUUACCCUCUUAACUGAAGAGCUUUGCCCAGAAUUGAUCACUCUGCCUGGGGCAUUUGCAGCCUCAACCCAGCCUCUCCAUGUCGAGUGAAACCAUGGACCUGGUCAACAACCGCGGUCUCAACCUGAUGCUCAACUUCCUCCUCAUCGUCAUCAUGCUGCUCCUAAUGCUUGUCCUGGUCAAACUCAUGUAACCUCUGACAUACAGUAUGACCUCAUGGCAUAGGUUGAGCAAUUCCAGUCCCCAAGGGCCACAGGGUCUGAUGGGAGUCCCUCUACCUCUGAUUUGAUCAUAUAAAUACACCACGACUUCAACUAAUUAUUAUUCAACAGGUCACAUCAAAAAUCACUGAAUAAAAGCCAUUGAACCUGUUGGGAGGAGAACUAAACAUUGUGAGCUUUUGGAGAGUAGAAAAGAGUUUGGGAUUCCAUGAGAUCGUUACAUGGGAUGGCAAGAUUCAAAAUAUCAAUUAACAGGAGGAUGAAACUCCACCCACCGAUGGAAAAGAAAUGAAAUAACGUUGACAUGGCAUGAUCAAUAGAACGCCCUCCUUUACGUUUAGUUUACCCCCCUCUAGUGGUAGAAUCACCAAACUGCACCACAUCUACUUCUGGCCAGGGCACUGAGCACAGAGAUAAAUCCAUGCUCUCUGAUCCUCAUGCUAGAGUUGUGGUUGAUAUGAGCCAUAAGAUAACAAUCAUUUCAAAGCUCUAACACUCACAGUCACCGACUAUUCUAAGCUAUUAGGACCAAAGCACAUGUUACAAAUGACAACUGAAAUGUAACUGAAAACGAUUAAAGCCAUAAACCGACCGUCCUUUUCCGUGUGAUAUGAGUUCUUUAUGUAACUGUUGAGUGAAGCCCAGGGUCCUUCCCUUUGGAGACUCGGGUUGCUCUUGAACUAGUAGCUGAUAAGUACAACAGAUACUUGGCUCAAUAAACAUGGGUACGCACAGCUUAAGCCUGUAAACCUUUCAGUGAAAUAUGUAAUAUUGUUACUACAAUAUCCUAACAUAACUGUGUGCUGUAGUGAAAAUGUUUUCGUGUUCAGUAGUAGUAGUUGAUUUGUUUUGGCAGAGUAAUGAAUAGCUACAGAGUAAAUAGAGCAAACACCUCCAGCUAAACACAGUGAAGCUCACUACAGUGUGAAGAAACAUGCAUGACCACUGCAGAACUGCUGUAGUGUUGUCUGUCUGCAGGCGCUGGCUCCACUUUACACUUUCUUAUGUCGCACAGCAUUUUCUAAAGAAUGUUUAACAAUAAAGAUAAAAUACACAAACUAUAAA